AGAUGAGUGUGUGGUAGUGAUUGUGGUGAUGGUGGUGGUGUUGAAUGACGUAGUGGUGGUUUUGGUGGUGAUGAUAUUAUGGGUGGUUGAAAAGUUAAAGAUGGAAAUAAUUGCGAAGAAAAUGAAACUAAAAAAAAAAAAAAAAAAGAAAUAUAACGAUGGAAGUAAAAAAAAAAUGUAGUGUCGAGGAAGGUAACAAGCUACCAGCCGUCAGCCAGUCACAACUCGCGGCGGCCACAAGUCGGCCAAUCAGCGGCGGGCAAGUUGAGGUUCCAAUAAUGUUUACUCGGGCGAUUUUCGAGCUGGGUCAGGACUCAAUUUUGAAGACUUGCUGGAUACUCGAUGAAGCGAGGGAGGGAAGGAUGCGGGCAGGACUCCUUGGGGUGAAAAUGAUGUGUGUAGGAUGUCAUGAGAAGCGAAGGAUGUGCGCGAAGGAUGACAGGCGAAGGAUAUUAGGUUAGAAUGACUUACUCGAAGGAUAUGUUUAGGAUAACAUGCGGAGGAUAUCUGGUUGUAGGAUGUCAAACGAAGGAUGUGCGUGUGUAAGAUGAUUGAAGCGAAGGAUAUGCGUGUGUAUGAUGACCAAGGCGAAGGAUGUGUAUCUAUAACAUGAUUAAAAGAAAGGAAAUGUUUAUGUAGGAGAAGGAGAAGGAGAAGUGUGUUUAGGAUGUUUGAAUCAGUUAUGGGAGUGUUGGGUGUCUUGUAGGAUCUGUAGGAUAGUUUACGGAUGAAGAAUAUCAGUGAAGGAUCUGUGUUGGCCUGAAGAUGUCCUGCAAUAGUCGUAAUAGAGGUGACGGCGUGACGAAGAUGGUAAUGACGUAAUAUUCUGAGGUCACAAAGAAAACGAAGAGAAUAGUGUUUACUGAAAAGGACAAAGAGAAAAUGGGAAGCGAGUCGAGUGAAUAUAAAAGAGGACAUGAAAGAAAAUGGGAAUAGAAUCGAGUAAAUACAGUCAAGGAAAUGAGAAUGAUAUCGUCGAAUGAAUACAAAAAGACACAAGGAGGAAAAUGGGAAUGGAAGAGUAAAUUGAAUUGACUCGAUAGGAAAAUGGGAAGCGGAUCGAAUGAAUACAAAAAAUGACAUGAAAGAAAAUGGGACUGGAAUAGAGAAAAUGCAAACAACUCCAAAUGAAAAUGGGAAGUGAAUCGAUUGCAUACAAAAAGGACCACAAGUGAGGAAAAUGGGAAGCAAAUCGAAAGAACACAUGAAAGAAAAUGGGCUUGAAGUAGAAGUGAACUCAAGGAAGGACUAAAGUAAAGAGGGAGAGAAUCCAAUGCAUACAAAAAGGACCACAAGUGAGGAAAAUGGGAAGCGAAUCGAAAGAACACAUGAAAGAAAAUGGGCUUGAAGUAGAAGUGAACUCAAGGAAGGACUAAAGUAAAGAGGGAGAGAAUCCAAUGCAUACAAAAAAAGUCUCGUCUUAAGUCGGUCCAUUUGUUGCCUUUUUCAGCGGGGAGUAACGUAGAGGUAAAGCGAAUUAAAUCUUAGUGUACCAUAAAAGAGUAUAUCCUAAAGGAGUAUAUUAUAUUAAAUGUUAAACCGGUCAAUGUCUUCACAGCGUCUGCCCUUUAUAUUUCAACUAAAGGAAUACGCGACAAAUUUAUUUACUUCAGAGUUCAGUCAGAUAUAUAAUAAAAAAAUAAACAUAAUAUAUAUACAUAGAAUUUAUAUAUAUACAUACAUACAUACAUACAUUCCUUGAGUGUCUGCCAGCGUUGCAUGUUAAAAGUCAUUUAUUUAACACAAAAAAUAAAAUGAUUAAGAGUAAUAAUAAUAAUAAUAAUAAUGAUGAUAACGACCAUUAACUUGUGAUCUGGCAAGUUUGUGCCUCUAUGUAUAGUUUUAGAGAGAGAGAGAGAGAGAGAGAGAGAGUGUGUGUGUGUGUGUGUGUGUGUGUGUGUGUGUGUGUGUGUGUGUGUGUGUGUGUACCUCAGCAUUACUCUUUCACUCUGUACUGUAAACAACAACAUAAGCAAAAAAGAAAAAAAAAAUCUUAUACACGAGCAGAACACGAAUAAAACGAAAAAUAAAUCUAAUGUAAUAGUAAUAAAAACACGUGCAUAAAAAAAGUAAAAUUAAUCAAAUAUAACGAUUAAACGAGGUCAUUUAUAUAAGAUCAAUUUCCACUUCAAAGAAAACGGGAGUCAGGAUACAAAGAAAACGUGUCACCCUUACCUAACCUUCAAGUAAGACUCAAAAGAACUGACUCGCGGCUGUUUUUCCCAUGCCCAGCCUUUCUUUUUCUCCUCCUUGUCUCCGUAUUCAGGCUGGCGAAGUACAAGACAGAGAACAGCAUCAAAAGUAAACCGCGGAUGCUUGGCGGGUGAAAAACAAUAGAAAUAAAGUGUGUUAGUGUGUGUGUGUGUGUGUGUGUGUGUGUGUGUGUGUGUGUGUGUGUGUGUGUGUGUGUGUGUGUGUGUACCCCUCCCUACUCCCCCUCCAUCAACUACUACUCCCAUCCCUUCCUUCCCUUCUUCCCCUUCAUCAAGUCUCUUCUCUUCCAUCAACUCCCUUUUUCCCCUUCAACUCCCUUCUUCCCCUUCAUUAACUGCUAUUCCCCCUCCAUCAACUUCCUCCCCCCUAUCAACUCCUUUCUUCCUUCCUCCCAUCCACUCCCUUUCCCUCCAUCAACUCCCUUCCUCCCCCCUUCCUCCUCCUCACUCCACUCCCUCGUAUGUGCGUUCAUGUGUACGGAAAAUGGAGUAUAUAAUGUGUACAUGUAUGUGUAUAAGAUUCCUUGCCAUGUGUCAGGAAAAUUUUAUUUUUUUAUUUUAUUAUUAUUAUUAUUAUUUUCUCGUCCGUAAGUUUUGUUUUCACGGCAUUUUUUUUGUAUUCGAAAGACUAUUAUUACAUUUAGGGUUUUAGAAUCUAAGUGCAUUUAUUAUUAUUAUUAUUAUUAUUAUUAUUAUUAUUAUUAUUAUUAUUAUUAUUAUUAUUAUUAUUAUUACUACGUUUAAUUUAAUCUCACAUGACAAUUUCUCAAGGUUGCUGCUGUGUACGUUUCAUUUUCUUCUCCGUAUUAUCUUGAAGAAAACAAAAUGAUCAACCGUAGGCGUUUUUUUUAUAUACUUUUCCUCUGUAUUGAUUCUCUUCUCUUAUCCUCCGCUUCCUCUUUCUCUUUUUCUUCUUCUUAUUCACCGUCAUCACUAUUCUCUUCUUUCAGCUCCUCUCCGUUUCAUCUUUUCUUUCAUCUUUUUCUACUUUAUCUGCACUCCGAUUUUCACUUUUCUCUUCUUCCGUUCGUAUUUUUCUUUCCAUCCUUCUCGUGUUUCUUAUUUUCCUUUCUCCCUGUUCCUCUUCUCCUUUUUUACUCUUGAUCUCCUUCCCAUUUUUUUCUAUAUUCCUCUUCGUUCUAAUUCUGCUUUCUCCCUAUUCUACUCCGUUCUUCCUCUUCCUCUCUUUUCCAUUUGUAUUUCUCUAUUCCUCAUCGUUGUUCUAAUUCUGUUUCCUCCCUACUCCUCUUCUUCCGCCUCUCUUAUUACUCUUUCUCUCUUAGUCUUCCUGUUUAGAAUCAAUCACUUUCUUCUUCCUUAUCAGUUUGCCCUCUUUUUCUCUUCCCUAGCUCUUUUCUCCUCUUAGCUGCCCUUCCUUAGCCACUCCUCUUAGUUACUCUUGAUAUGUGUAGUGUAAGAGGACGGUGCGCAUGCGUCACGCGGUGUAUAUAUGUAUAAAGAGUAUAUGUAUAUUUUGCAAUAAAAAGUGUCCUUGUU